AUGUCUUCUGCCGGCUCUUCCUCCGAGGCUGCCCCCAAGCCCGCCCUCACCGAGCGCGAGCUCGAGAUCCUCAAGAACGCUUGGGGCUCCAUGAAGAGCAUUCCCGAAGUCGACUACCAAAAGCUGGCCGCCGCCUGCGGCAUGACCAACCCCCGCUCCGCCUCCAAUGCCUGGAGCGGCAUCAAGAAGAAGCUCUUCGCGGACCUUCCUGCCCCCGUCAACGAGAGCAGCAGCCCCGCCUCGACCCCCGCCAAGCGCAAGCGCACCACCCCGGCCAAGAAGAAGACCACGGCCGCCGCCGCUGCUGGUUCCGACGACGGCGACGAGCUCGCCGCUAACUCGGACGGCGAGGCGACGCUCGCCGUUGAGACGCCCAAGAAGAAGCGCGCCACGCCCGCCAAGAAGAGAGCCGCUGUCGCUAAGGUUGCUGUCAAGGACGAGGGCGCUGAGGAAGAGGUCGAGAUGCAGGGCGGCGAGAAAAAGGGCGAGGCCUAA